AUGAGUUUCGACGACAGAAAAGUGUUCCAAUAUGGCAGCCAGACGUAAAUGUGCAUCCCGCCCUCAUCUGCCCCCCAACCUCGCCUAUCAAAAGCUGCUAAACCGCAGUCUUCCGGGUCGCUGAAGAACGUCGCACCUCGCUCCUCUGCGCGCGCUAGUCAGCAGCCGAUGAGCAAUGGUGCUCGGAGCGCGCGGACACGUCGGCGUUUCGGGAAUCUCGGAGGAGCAAAUGAAAUGCCGGGGAACAUGAGCAAAGAGGAUGCACCAAGCCGGAGCGCGUCUUUGACCUUCACCAUUGACAACAUCCUCAACCUGAAGCAGCGGGAUAGGGGCCACCUGGACAGGGCCAAGCCGCAGAGGGACGGGGGACGGACGGAAGAUUUCCAGGCGUGGGACGUCCGGAGGAAGCAUGGCAGCGGAUCACACGAGACAGCGCAAACGAAGCCCAGAGUGCGCCUAGCGGAUUGCGGGGCAAACAGCCCGCCGCUGAGCGCUGGCUCCUGUCCCGGGGCGCACAGGACGCACACCACCGAGGACGCCUCCGCGGAGCAGCAGCAGCAGCCCACCGCGGACUCUAAAGCUAUGGCCAAGAAGAAAACGCGCACCAUCUUCUCAAAGAGACAGAUAUUCCAGCUGGAGGCCACUUUUGACAUGAAGCGGUAUCUGAGCAGCUCGGAGAGAGCGUGCCUCGCCAGCUCCCUGCAGCUCACCGAGACCCAGGUCAAAAUCUGGUUUCAGAACCGCCGCAACAAGCUCAAGAGACAGCUGUCCACGGACAUGGAGGGCCCGCUGGCCGCCGAGCACCUCUCAGAGGCGGGCAAAAAUGUGCAAUUACCGACUUUUUACAAAGACAGCAGCCCGCUGGGCGGAUGUUUGUUACCCAUGCCUUUCCCUCUCGUGUACCCGACUGCCACCGCUGCGCCUUACAUCUACUUCUCCAACACCGGGAAAUACUUGGGCCUGUUCGAUGCAGACUGAGGGUUACAGUGUGUGGACAGUCGGACAGUUGGACCGUCUGCCUGUUGGGGACUUCAGAAAAACCUCCCAACUUUGAUGUCAACAUAUCAGCUAAUCCAAGACAUGCAUGUGCCACUUUUUGAACUUCCCCAAAUUUGUAUUAUUAUGAUUAUUAUAAUUACUACUACAUUUUUCCAAUGCUUAAUAUCUUUUGAAUAGGAAGAUUAUCGUCAGAAAAAAAAUGUGUAUGCCAUGCAUUAAAGUUCCUCGGAGCAGUUUUAUUUCGCGCAGUAAUAUCCUCUGAAUGAAUGUACGUCAAUGCGGCAUCAACGUUUCUACUUCGCAAUAAUAAUUCUCUUUUUUCCAACUUCUGUCUUAAACUUUUAAAUGAGUUUAUGUGGUGCUACACUCCAUUAUUAUUAUUAUUAUUAUUAUUAUUAUUAUUAUUAUUAUUAUUAUUAUUAUUAUUAUUAUUAUUAUUAAUAAAACUCGUUUGUUUUCCAUGACCUUUCAUAUAACAGACUGUUACCUAUGAACAGUUAGGCUAUAUCACGACUAAGAUGGAUUUUCCAAUAAAAAGUGUAAUAUUUGCAAUUUUA